AUGAAGGAAGAUGACGCUUUUGAAGAUGCGGCCACAGGAACGCCUCUAUCGGCCAUUGCGGAGGCGUUUGAGGAUCUCUCGGGUUUUAUGAAGUCUAGUGGUUCUUGUGACGAGCUUCGUUUGAAGCCCUUUUGUGAUGCUUGCUCUCUUGUCUCCAUCCUCUUCGGUUGCCUCGGAAUUGCAUUUAAGUUCGCCGAGAUGGAGUACGUCUCUAAGAGCAAGAGUUUGAAGGCAGAGCGCAAUCUGAGCAGACCCGCAAUCCGUGGUCUUCCAUUGAUUCAUCUUUCAGCAGAAGAAGAGAAAUAG